AUGACUUCGUAUAUUCAUCGAGACUCUCCCGUUUGCGUCAAAUCUGAAUUAGAUUUAUUUACCAUUCCUCCUACGCAAACAGCUAUAGAAAAAGGACAGUUUGUGGAAUAUCACCCUCUCGCAAAUAUACGAGAUGGAGGACCUAUCGAAUUUAAUAUUUCUGGCAGUGGUGAAGACUAUAUUGAUCUAGCUGCUUCUUAUAUACACGUGAAAGUUAAAGUAGUUAAGGCAGACGGAUCCAGUUUAACAGACAAAGAACCGGUUGCCCCUGUAAAUUUAUUUUUACAUUCUCUCUUUUCGCAAGUAGAUGUAAGUUUAAAUGAAAGAAACAUUUCAUCUGCGACAAAUACCUAUCCUUAUAGAGCCUUCAUCGAAACAUUAUUGAAUUAUGGGGAAGAUCCAAAGAAAAGUUUACUCACCUGCGAAGGAUUUUUCCAAGACACUUCACCUAAUAAAAUAGAUGUCUUAGCUCAAGAUGCGGAUGCUGGACUAAAAGCUCGCGGUGAACUUAUAAAAAACAGUCAAAGUGUGGAUUUGAUAGGACAAUUACAUUUUUCUACUGAGAAAGAUGCCGAUUAUAAAGUGAUCUUGGAUCAUGCUUCUUUGUUUAUCAGAAAAGUAAAAGUAAACCCUGGAGUCUCUCUCGGACAUGUAAAAGCGUUGGAAAAAAGUUCUGCUAAAUACCCUAUAGAUCGAGUAUUAUGCAAAACAUAUUCAGUAUCUAAGGGAAGUUGGUCUUUUAUGCAAGAUAAUGUAUUUUUAGGAUUGAUGCCCAAGCGAGUCAUUAUUACUUGUGUAGAAAAUGCUGAAAAUGGACAAUAUUGGCAAUGA